AUGGAAGCUUACCCUAAUUUGCUCGUCAACACGUUGCAUCGGGAUUAUGCGGCUGAUCCGAAGAGAAUUGUUUCCGUCUACCGUACUCAGGUGGAUCGGUGCGAUCGUCUUUGGUUCGUUGACACUGGCUAUCUAGAGUAUCCGGGCACUGCCCGCCGCCAAGUACAACGACCUGCUCUGUGGGUUAUCAAUCUGAACACAACCCGCAGUGUCCGACGAUUCGAGAUUCCUCCUGAGAUGGCUGAAUUCGGGUACGGCAUUCCGAACGUCGAGGUCGACGUCGAUCCUAGCGACUGCGAGCGAACUUACGCUUACAUGCCGGACUACGAGUGGCAGCGAUUGUACGUGUACGGAUUAGUCGAGAACCGGAUGUGGCGCUUCGAGCACAACUACUUCUCGUUCGAACCGCGGGGUGGUGAUUUUAACAUAGCCGGCCAACAGUUCGUGUGGCGAGAUGGUCUUUUUUCAGUCGCGGUCGGUGGCUUACGGAACGAGAAUUCGACCGAAAAAUUAGUCUAUUUACAUUCAAUGUCAUCCGUUAGCGAGAUGGCGGUCUCGAACCGAGUGCUGCAGAACGAAACACUAGCUCGUCUCGGAAACCACGCGUAUGUAAGAGCUUUCCAGCAUCUGGGAGAGCGGGGACCGAAUACGCAAAGUUCAAGCCACGCUUACGAUACGCGAACCGGAGUGUUGUUCUACGCAGAAAUUAACCGCAACUCGAUCGGAUGCUGGAACACCAGUAAACCGUUUUCCUCGGAAAAUCACGGUAUCGUGCAUCUGGACAAUGAGGAAAUGAUUUAUCCGGCCGAUUUGAAGGUCGACAUUAACGGUGAACUUUGGGUCAUCUCUAAUCGGUUGCCUAUCUGGAUCUAUGCCCAGCUGAAUGUAACAGACGUGAACUUUCGCAUUUGGCGCCAGACGGCAUCACGCGCCAUUGCGGGUACAAUUUGCAGUUAA